UCGCAGAGUUGGGAGAAGGAAGGUUGGGGGGUGUGGAAAAAAUAAAAGGAAAAGUCCUUGCACCAUGUAGAGCAGCGCCCCCAGCCCUGGCACCGCAGCCGGCCGGGGACCUCCCAAUCUGCGGCCAUGAACGCGAGCGGCGAGGGCGAGAGCUUCCCCGGCUCCGUGCAAAUUCCAGGCAGCACAACYGUGCUGGUUGAACUGACCCCGGACAUCCACAUCUGCGGCAUCUGCAAGCAGCAGUUUAACAACCUAGAUGCCUUUGUAGCUCACAAGCAGAGCGGCUGCCAGCUGACCAGCGCGGCCGGAACGGCCCCCGGCACAGUCCAGUUUGUAUCGGAGGAAACGGUGCCUGCCACCCAGACUCAGACCACCACCAGAACCAUCACUUCAGAGACCCAGACCAUCACAGUUUCAGCUCCAGAAUUUGUUUUUGAACAUGGCUAUCAAACUUAUCUGCCCACGGAAAGCAACGAAAACCAAACGGCCACUGUCAUCUCUCUCCCGACCAAGUCAUCACGCACCAAAAAGCCUUCAACCCCACCUGCUCAGAAAAGGCUUAACUGUUGCUAUCCAGGUUGCCAAUUCAAGACUGCCUAUGGUAUGAAGGAUAUGGAGCGGCAUUUAAAAAUUCACACAGGAGACAAACCCCACAAGUGUGAAACGUGUGGCAAGUGCUUCAGCCGGAAGGACAAGCUGAAGACCCACACGCGGUGCCACACGGGCGUGAAGCCCUACAAGUGCAAGACGUGYGACUACGCGGCAGCCGACAGCAGCAGCCUCAACAAGCACCUGCGCAUCCACUCGGACGAGCGGCCCUUCAAAUGCCAGAUCUGCCCCUACGCCAGCCGCAACUCGAGCCAGCUCACCGUCCACCUGCGCUCCCACACCGGGGACGCCCCCUUCCAGUGCUGGCUCUGUAGCGCCAAGUUCAAAAUCAGCUCGGACUUGAAAAGGCACAUGCGCGUGCACUCGGGGGAGAAGCCUUUCAAGUGCGAGUUCUGCAAUGUCCGCUGCACCAUGAAGGGGAACCUCAAGUCGCACAUCCGCAUCAAACACAGCGGGAAUAACUUCAAGUGUCCACAUUGCGACUUCCUGGGUGACAGCAAAGCCACCCUCCGGAAGCACAGCCGCGUGCACCAGUCGGAGCACCCGGAGAAGUGCUCGGAGUGCAGCUACUCGUGCUCCAGCAAGGCGGCCCUGCGCGUCCACGAGCGCAUCCACUGCACCGAGCGCCCCUUCAAGUGCAGCUACUGCAGCUUCGACACCAAGCAGCCCAGCAACUUGAGCAAGCACAUGAAGAAGUUCCACGGGGACAUGGUCAAGACCGAGGCCCUGGAGAGGAAGGAAACCRGCAGGCAGAGCAGCCGGCAGGUGGCCAAGCUGGACGCCAAGAAGACUUUUCACUGUGACAUAUGCGACGCCUCGUUCAUGCGGGAGGAUUCGCUCCGGAGCCACAAGAGGCAGCACAGUGAGUACAACGAGAAUAAGAACUCGGAUGUGACCGUCCUCCAGUUUCAGAUCGACCCCAGCAAGCAGCCCGCCACGCCCCUCACGGUCGGCCACCUCCAGGUGCCGCUCCAGCCCAGCCAGGUGCCCCAGUUCAGCGAGGGAAGAGUCAAAAUCAUCGUGGGGCAUCAGGUGCCCCAGACCAACACCAUCGUCCAGGCCGCUGCGGCCGCAGUCAACAUCGUGCCACCUGCCCUGGUGGCCCAGAGCCCAGAGGAGCUCCCAGGGAACAGCCGGCUGCAGAUCCUGCGCCAGGUCAGUCUGAUCGCGCCUCCUCAGACCUCGGGAUGUCCGAGCGAGGCAGGCGCCAUGAGCCAGCCGACUGUCCUGCUGACCACCCAUGACCAGACCGACGGGGCCACGCUGCACCAGACUCUCAUCCCCACGGCCGCCGCCGGGCCCCAGGAAGCGUCCGGCAACCAGACGUUCAUCGCCAGCUCGGGUAUCACGUGCACUGACUUUGAAGGCCUUAAUGCUUUGAUUCAGGAGGGGACAGCUGAAGUGACCGUGGUGAGCGACGGGGGCCAGAGCAUCGCGGUGGCCACCACGGCUCCACCGAUAUUCUCCUCCUCUUCGCAGCAAGAGCUGCCCAAGCAGACGUACUCCAUCAUCCAAGGGGCGGCGCACCCCGCUCUGCUGUGUCCCGCCGAUUCCAUACCCGAUUAGUACUGAGAAAAGGGGGACGAGAAAUGAGGAGUAGUGUUCUGUGAAAGGUUGGCUCUUGAUGUUUUUAAGGAUUGCCGUGACCGCCCCCUGUAAUAAAUCGUAUUUUGAACUUCUUACUGUAAUUUUUUUAACACUGUAACUACUUUGAGACCACCUCUGAAUCACCGCGUUCUACGGUAGAAUCUUAAAUGUUACCAAGAUGAUUCCAAUUAGGAGUGGGGAUUAAAUGGGUUAAGUCGUGAAUACAUUUGUUUGUUUCCAAUUUGAUUUUUCAACUGUAAUAAAGGUUCUUUUCCAUCUCA